UCAAACCUGCACGCACAGUCCUUGCUCUUCGCCCCUGUGUGCUCCCUGCUCCAGCCUUUAUUUCUUAUUGCACCGUUUCUUAGGAGAUGGAAGGGCUGGGGGCGCUAUGGGCAGAUCCCCAGGAUGGUAGGGAUCCUACAGCUGAGUGGCUCUAAGCCACCAGGUACAAGGAAAGCCAAGGGAUGCUGAUCCUCCUUCUUCAUGCGGUGCUCUUCAGCCUGCCCUGCACCCGGGCCACCGAGGCCUGUCUGCGGGCCUGCCCUGCGGCCUGCACCUGCAGUACCGUGGAGCGUGGCUGCUCAGUGCGCUGUGACCGUGCGGGCCUCCAGCGGGUGCCCACUGAGUUUCCGUGCGAGGUGGCCUCCAUCGACCUGGACCGGAAUGGCCUGCGCAUCCUGGGCGAGCGGGCCUUUGGCACGCUGCCGUCGUUGCGCCGCCUGUCGCUGCGCCACAACAACCUGUCCUUCAUCACACCCGGCGCCUUCAAGGGCCUGCCGCGGUUGGCCGAGCUGCGCCUGGCGCACAACGGCGAGCUGCGCUACCUGCACGUGCGGACCUUCGCGGCCCUGGGCCGCCUGCGCCGCCUGGAUCUGGCGGCCUGCCGCCUCUUCAGCGUCCCCGAGCGUCUCCUGGCCGAGCUGCCGGCCCUUCGGGAGCUCACGGCCUUCGACAAUCUCUUCCGCCGGGUGCCCGGCGCGAUCCGGGGCCUGGCUAACCUGACGCACGCGCAUUUCGAGCGCAGUCGCAUCGAGGCCGUGGCCUCCAGCUCGCUGCUGGGCAUGCGGCGUCUGCGCUCGCUCAACCUGCAGGCCAACCGCGUGCGCGCGGUGCAUGCCGGGGCCUUUGGCGACUGUGGCGCCCUGGAGGACCUGCUGCUCAACGACAACCUGUUGGCCUCGCUGCCCGCCGCCGCCUUCCGCGGCCUUCGCCGCCUGCGCACCCUAAAUCUGGGCGGCAACGCGCUGGGCAGCGUGGCACGCGCCUGGUUCUCCGACCUGCCAGAGCUCGAGCUGCUGUACCUGGACCGCAACAGCAUCACCUUUGUGGAGGAAGGCGCCUUCCAGAAUCUCUCGGGCCUCCUGGCUCUGCAUCUCAAUGGCAACCGCCUCACUGUGCUCUCCUGGGCCGCCUUCCAGCCAGGCUUCUUCCUGGGCCGCCUCUUCCUCUUCCGCAACCCGUGGCGCUGCGAUUGCCAGCUGGAGUGGCUGCGUGAUUGGAUGGAGGGCUCUGGGCGCGUGGCUGAUGUGGCGUGCGCCUCCCCAGGCUCUGUAGCCGGCCAGGACCUCAGCCAGGUGGUCUUUGAGCGCUCCUCUGAUGGCCUCUGCGUGGACCCCGAUGAGCUGAACUUCACCACGUCCAGUCCAGGCCCGAGUCCAGAGCCAGUGGCCACCACUGUGAGCAGGUUCAGCAGCCUCCUCUCCAAGCUGCUGGCCCCAAGGGCCCCUAUAGAGGAGGGAGCCAACACCACCUGGGAGCUGGUCAACGUCUCAUUGAAUGACAGCUUUCGGUCCCAUGGAGUGAUGGUCUCGUGCUAUAAGGCCACCUUUCUCUUCACCUCUUUCCUCUUGCUCAGCCUGACCCAGUAUGUGGUGUUGGGCCUGCAGAGGGACUGACUGCUACCCUGAAGUGACCCAAACCACACUGGCCAGAAGGGGGAAGGUUUGCUUGGCUGCCAUAAGGAGUGUCUGUAGUAACUGGAGAGGGAAUAGGAAUGGGAUUGGUGAUUAACGUUCUUGCCGAGGGUGGAAGAAACAGUUUGUCUCUAAAGAUAACCCUAGGCAGAGAGCUCUGGGAAAUGCCACUGGAGUGAGUAUACAUUUCUGCUUUUCUCACAAGGGCAUCCAUUGAAAAAAAAUCGAAGAAUAAGCAUGGGCCCUUUGCAGGGUAGAUGAAAAUGGAAGUUCCUGGGAAGUACUCUCUUACUUCCAGGCAACGGGGACGUAGGAUUCAAUUAGCUAAGUACUAAGAACUAUAGCAGCUCUCCUGCCUCAGUAGCCCAUAAACCCAAUUCUUGCCUUUUCUAUAUGAUACUCCACCUUCCUUUUAUCCCCAGGGGCUUGGGAACAACAAGGUUCAGGAAGGUGGACAGGGCAUUAGAGAAGGAGCAUGGCAAAGAGACUUAGAUCCAAGGCAGGCAGUUGUUGCUGAGGUCUGAGGUGUGCAUCGAGACAUUUAAAACAAAGACUCAUUUCUUUUAUGCCACAAUAGUAUAGGCACUGUCAGACUUCUAUAAGGUGUGUGUUUGUGGACCACAUUUAUAAAAUGCUAAAGUUAAACCCAUUUCUCUUAAGCCUUUUCAGAGUCUGUCAAAUGCUAUCGUGAGUUUCCAGUGUAUUGUGAAUGUCCGAGGAAGAACAAAAUCCUCUUUUCUUAGCAUUUCUUUUUUUUGUGGGAAGAGUGUCUGUUCCCGCAAAAUGCUUUGUUAGCAGGGCAGAGCAUCUCCAGCUGGGAUGGUUCCAUUAGGUAUGGAAAUUAUUGUGAGCUGCUUGAAUGGAGACUAAGAGCCAAGAGGAGAAAGCAGCAAGGACCUGUGAAGGGGACUCAGAUUUCCCAGGGUGUUCCCGAGGGCAAAGGUCUACCAGCAUCCACGUGAGUGUUAAGGGGCUCUGAGUGUGGAGUGGGUGAAGGGACAGAUGCCAAGUCCCACCCAGGGCCCCUGACACACCAGCUUUUCUCAUGGUGAUGUGGGAAAGAGCAGAGGUUGACUGUUUUGUCAGCUUCAGAACCAGAAGCUCUUUAGGCCCUGGGCACGAGGGUGUUUGCAGCUUGCCUUUUAAAUGUUGUCCCCUGGGCUAGGGACUGGGGGUUGUGGGUCAGUUGUAUAGUGCUUGCCUAGAAUGGGUGAGGCCCUGGCUUCUAUACUCAUCACUGAGGAAAACAAAAAAUUAGCCAGGCACCCUCCCAUGGUUGGCAGUAGAAGCAGCCUGAGCUGAUCACAAAAGGUGCAGGUUCCUAAUGGGCCGUCAGGUGAUCAGGCCAGGAAACAUGCCAUGUGUCUACAAAGUAGAUGCUCCGGUAAGUCUCAACACUGUGAGCGGUGACAGCUGUAUUCAUCAAUGUCCUGGAAAUAAAUGUACAGUCUUCAUAUACUGAGCUCCUUUCUUUGUACAUUGAGAGGUAAGUUUUCAAAACCCACACAGAUUAGGGUAGGCCAAGAUAUCAAUGCAACAGUACUUUUAAAAAAAUAAGAUUAUUUUUAUUCUUUGAU